AUGCAGAUUUUCGUCAAGACCCUCACGGGCAAGACUAUCACCCUUGAGGUGGAGUCUUCGGACACCAUCGACAAUGUCAAGUCCAAGAUCCAAGACAAGGAGGGCAUCCCGCCAGACCAGCAGCGCCUGAUCUUCGCCGGCAAGCAGCUCGAGGACGGCCGCACGCUAUCCGACUACAACAUCCAGAAGGAGUCGACGCUCCAUCUUGUGCUCCGCCUGCGUGGUGGCGCCAAGAAGAGGAAGAAGAAGGUGUACACCACCCCGAAGAAGAUCAAGCACAAGAGGAAGAAGACCAAGUUGGCUGUCCUCAAGUACUACAAGGUCGAUGGUGAUGGCAAGAUCGAGCGACUGAGGAGGGAGUGCCCAACCCCAGAGUGUGGCGCCGGUGUCUUCAUGGCCGCCAUGCACAACCGCCAGUACUGCGGCAAGUGCCACCUCACCUAUGUCUUCGACGAGACCAAAUAG